AUGGUCUCCCUACCACCCACACUGCUAACACUGGACUCCGCCCUUGCCUUGGUCCGCGAAUGUCGGCCUCAGGUUGAACCCAAUUCCGGGUUCAUCAAGCAACUCCGCAUGUACGAAGCCAUGGGCUGCCCGACAACACAGGAACAACUAGAAAGCCACAAGAUUUACCGACGGUGGAUGAAUUCACGGAAUGUGCUAGACGCACUGAGCGAAAAUCGGGCGCCGGAGAUGGACCAUAUCAGUUUUCGGGAUGAGGAAGAUGACGACAACAGCAAACCAGACGACAUCCCAAGUUCGUCUUCAGGAACGGGAAAACCUGACGGGAGCGACCUUCUCAACGACAGGGUUCAGAGCCUCACCCUCCUCGACCCAGACAACGACGAGCCGACCGAAAUAUUGAACCCAGACAUAACUCUGUCGUCACCUUCCCCGGCGCCUCCUCUCCCUGCCAACGUCGAAAUCAAAUGCCGCAAAUGCAGGCGCCUGCUCGCCAAAUCCGACUUUGUCCUACCUCACAAGCCUCCUCCGCACCGCGACCCCUCAGCAGCAAUCACUGCCGGGGACCCAUGCGCACACAUCUUUCUCCACCCCUUGUCGUGGAUGAGGCCGGUCCUGUCAGAGGGACAGUUGGACGGCCGACUCACAUGUCCGACGCAGUGGUGCGGAGCCAACAUCGGCAAGUUUGCGUGGCAGGGUUUACGCUGCAGUUGUGGAGGGUGGGUGACGCCGGGGUUCGGUCUGGCAAAGGGCAAAGUGGACGAGGUGCGAGUUCGUGCGGAAAACUCAUCCAGAAGAGGCGGAGCGGGACAGGGACCAGGACCAGCAUCUUCGUUUGGGCCUGGACAUGGAGAUGGAGAAGGUAAGAAAGCGGUCUUCAACGGUGCGGUGAGAUAUCCCCCUGGGAUGAGGAGGGCAGGGAAUGGCAACUUGUGA